AUGGAGCGCGCCAAGGAGAAGGGCGAGAGGCGCACGAGCAAUGUGGGCAAGGGGGACAUGUCGAAGUUCGCCGACUCCACCCAGCCGAGGGACAAGAUCUUCCGCAAGGACCUGGACCUGCGCCGCAUCGGGUUGCUGGGCUGCGGCGGCUUUGGCACCGUGGAGCUAUACGAGCACAAUGCUACUCACGAGACGUAUGCCUUGAAGGGCCUCAGCAAGGGCUACAUCGUCAAGACUAGAAUGCAGGCGUCUAUUGCCGCCAACAGGUGGGCGCGCGAGGAUGCCGACGGCAACCGUGGCGAGCUGCGGAGGAACCUCGCCUCGUUGCUGGACUUGGACGGAGGAUGGCCGAGGGAGAGCUCGCUGCUCGACCAGGUGCGCGCCAAGCUACCCGCGGCGAGUGGGGACAUGAUGCAGAAGCUGGCCAGGAGGGGGGAUGGCAUCGGCAGCUUUCCUCGGCGGUCGGCUCCGCUGCAGCGCGCCGAGGCUGAGAGCAGCCCCGACAAGUUCACUCGGGCGAUCAACUCCUUGUCGCCCAUGCUCAAGUCCCCCGUGGUCGUCGAGGAGAAGCAGCUCAAGGAGAAGACCAGAGCGUUGCAGGACGCAGCCGAGUCCGUCAAGGAGGUGAAGACUGUCCUCGCGCCCGCCCAGUCGAUCGCGGACUCCAUCGAGAAUGGCGGCGACUGGUCGCGGGCGCAGAUGCCGCGCGUCGACACGAGUCGACGAGGCGAGGGCAUGCCCUGCAGGGCCCUCGGUGGCACACUGCGGCGGGAGGCGCUGACACGGUGCCGGCGGGACACGGGCUGCACAGCGCCACUCGCCGUGCCGCCCCACUGGGGGCACCGGCAGACCGCGGAGCACGGGCUCAGAGCGGAGCCCACGGCCACGGAGCUCUCGGUGUCGGUGGAGAACAAGUCCACGGGCGCGGGGCUCAUGUUCUACUGCAGCACCCAGACAGGCGAGGAGCACCGCUACGCCCCGCGCCCAGGGGGCAUAGUCAUCGGCCAGGUUAAGAGCUACGUCUCCGCGGCCGAGGCGCUGAAGGAGCUCGAGGUCGAAGCCAGAGAUAUCCGCAAGAGAUUGGUUGCCAUGCUGGCCGUCGUGCCAGCGAGCCGACCAGGGAGAGAGCUGCAGGCGUCCGUGGGCUCGGCGAAGCCGAAGCCGGGCUUCCCACGCGCCCCGUGUGAUUCUGUGCACCUGCUCGGGGCGGAGCGCGACAGCGUGGGCGCCUACAACGGGCCCGAGUUCGAGGACCUCGACGACAAGCUGCAGGAGGCCUUCGACGAGUACCUGGCCGAGCUCGGCAUGUCCAGCGAGGUGUGCGACUUCGUGGAGCGAGGCGGGGUGGACUUCUGGGCCGUCUUGGUCGUGGGGUUGAGGCCCGAGGAUCCGAGGCAGCUGCUUGGCGUGUUGCUGCAGCUGCGCCUGUUGGCGCAGGAGUGCCGCCGCUGCGCAGCAGGCGCGCUCGUGUCCGAGGGCGGGUGGAUGGCCAGUCCCGCUCAUGAUGUGCUGCCAGGACCGACCCGCCCCUUCUGGGGCUGCCCGUCCUGCGGCGCGUCCGCCAACUAUGCAUCGCGCAUUCGGUGCCGAUGCGGCCGCCCUGCCCCGCAGUCUGUCGCAGACAAGGCGCGCAAGGCGGCCAAGCAGAUGGAAGCCGGACCGCCAGGCAGUGUGGAUGGUGGCAUCGCCCGUGAGCUCGCCGAGCUCAAGCGCAAGUACGCCGCCCUCCAGAAGUCCCAGGCCGUGCCCACUCCCGUGCCUGCGCCUCCGCCCGAUCCGCUCGAUCUUGAGGUACAGCGCUGGGAAGGUAUCGUUGCCCAGUUCGCCAAGUCUGGCUUGGGCGCUGACGUCCCCAGCCGUGUCAGUGCCGAGCAGUCUCUGGCCGCGGCGCGCAAGGCUCGGAAUGAUGCCAAGCCACAACUUGCACGCCACACCACCCUCGGGCACAAGCUGCAGGAUGCGAUCAAGCGCCAUCAGAAGCUCGAGUCCGACGUCAGUGCGCAGGUCAAGGUCGUCGAGGCCGCCGAGGAGCACCUCCGUGAGCUCAGGGCCAAGGUGCUGGCCGCCAAGGACCUGGUGGCUACCCUCCAGGAGGAGCUGCGCGAGUCUUGCCCUAAGGACCUGCGCCCUGAAGGGAGUGAUGCUACCUCCUUCGUGCUGCCCGACCUCCCGACCACCGUGCUGGAGGCCGACGCCGACCUCAAGGCCAUGGUGGAGUCGCCUGUUUUUGACAAGUUCAAGGAGGCUGUGCGUGCGGCUGCUGCCGCCCAGGCAGCCGCCGCUGGCCCAACCGUCGGGGAUGAGGGCACCGACUGUGGUGAAUCGGUUCCCGUCCCUGAGGAUGAUGAUGUGUACCUUGACGUCGACGAGGAAGGCAUCUCCCAGGUCAUCUCCACUACCAAGUUUGCUGGUGACAAACGGGAGCUCCAGGAGUUGUUCAAGUCCCUCGGCCUCGUCACCAAGAAGCAGCGGCUACCAAUACCCCCGAUUUGCAGGAAGAAGUUGCCGCCGACAUCGACGGCGACACAGUUCAUCGAGACUUUCAAUGGCUCUGGGUGGUCCACGCUACGUGAGCGGCUCACCACGACUACCAGUGUCAUCGUGUGCGCCCAGGAGCUUGGCUUGUCCGAGCUCACAGCGCCCCAGUCCCUGGCCGCGGUGCGCGCCCUGGGCUGGCGAUUCCUCAUCAGUGAGUCGUCCUUCAACCCCGCGACGCAGAGGUGCUCGGCUGGGGUUGGAGUUUUUGUUCGUGAUGGGUUUGGCUUGCGAUGGACUGACCCAGCGUGCAAGGCUAUUGUGCCACAUCGUGCCAUACAGGUUACCAUUGACCUCCCUGGUUUCUCGUUCAACAUCGUGUGUGCCUAUUUCCACGUCAAUGACGGCAUGCGUGAGAAGAAUCUGUCCAUGCUCAGCGCGAUCGGCGCCAAGAUCAUCCAGCCUCCGCUCACGGUCAUUGCGGCAGAUUGGAACAACUCACCUGCCGCCGUCGAGGCCACGGGCUUUGUGCAGAAGGUCAAGGCCGUCAUCAUGGCGCCUGCUGCAAUCACCUGCCGUACCAGUUCGUCUACGUCCACGAUUGAUUUCUUCGUUGUAGGGCAUGCUCUGUCUACGCUGGCUGCCAGCAUCUUUGUGGACAGCACGUGGCAUGGCUUGUGCGCCCGCCUGGACCGCUCGCUGGCGUCAGUACGCCUCCUGCUCACUCAAUGGUCUCCGCAUUUGCCUGGGGACAGCGAGUGGUGGGAUACUGCUGAUGCGCUCGCGGAGGAGCUCGCCACGGAAUGUGAUGAAGUCCAGGCGGAGCACUCCAAAGCCAGAGACCGCUCCUGGAAGGAGUGGCACAUCUUGGCGCUCAGCGGCUCGGCCAGGCGCAUGCAUCGCCUGACCCGCAUCAAGAAGCUGUGGGAGCCCACGGACCUCGUCACCGUUUAUAGGGAGGAGCUCCAGGUUGGCCUCGCCCACGACAAGCGGCUGCUACGACCUCUGCCACUGCGCUCGGUGCUGACUUUGCUCCUGCUCGUCCUCGUGCUGCGCCUGGCGCUACGUGUCGGAUGA